AUGAACAACACAUUCGGGCACGCGUUGGCGCGGGCUCUCCCGUCGGCUGGUCGACAGUGCCAGCCUCGGGCGUCCCUGUUCCGUCAAGCAAGAGUUUUCUCCACGACCCCCCGUAUUUUCGAAUCGCCGAGCGAGACACCCAGUGCGUUGGGGCGAGAAUUUCAAGCUGCGCGACUAGAGGAAGCGGCUCAGGAUAACUCGCCGGUGUCCGCACUCACUAAGAUGAUGCGCGGGAGCAGGGCCCCAGUGAGCGCAGACUAUUCGAAGAUGGCCCAGAGUCUAGAGGCCGAGAUGCUUAAACGCCCUUAUUCCGACCAUGCUCCUCCGCACCACCUCCACGUUUUAUCGCAUAGACGCAAUACGAUAUUGACUCUCACACGACCAAAUGGCAGUCCGCUGAUGUCAAUGGGUACCGGGGCUCUGGGUUUUCGAAAAGCUCGUCGAGGAGGUUAUGACCCGGGGCUCCAAUUAUCAACCCACGUCCUCGCGCAGAUCCAGGAAAGGGGUCUUCUAUUGGAAAUCAAAAGCCUAGAGAUUAUCUUCCGUGGUUUUCACCUGGGACGGCAGGCCUUCGUUAAGGCAUUGCUGGGCAAUGAGGGGAGAAACAUUCGGGGGUUGGUAUGCCGGGUGUCAGACUCGACUAGGAUAAAAUUUGGUGGAACAAGGAGCCCGAAAGUCCGCAGACUUUGA